AUGGUCCAGUGCGAUGGGUGUAGCCGGUGGUAUCACUUUUCGUGUGCUGGUGUCGGCGAUAGUAUCGAAGCAGAUGAUCGAAGCUAUCGAUGCGCUUUAUGCCGACCACGGGGUUCCCGUACGUCGUCGUCGAUACGGUCAACACCGUCGACUACUGCAAGUGCGAGAGAAGCCAAGUUGCAAUUGGAGAUGCAGCAGUUAGCAGAGGAGAAGGAACUUCAGGCGAAGUUAAUGGCAGAGAAGGCCAAGUUGGAGAAGGAGUUCUUGGAGCGGAAGUACAAGUUGCUCCAUGCGCAGUUGGAUGAGGAUGCAAGGGCAAGUUCGAGAGCAAGUGUACAAAGCGGUGUCAGUUUACCCGGUAGCGACGACAUUGUUCGAGACUGGAUUCAUAAUCACCAAGCGAUCCUGAGUGCCAAAUCUGGGAAAGUUAAUCCCACUGGACUCACAUCGCAGGCGGGUGGCCACGUUGUAGCAACAGAAUCCAUACCGGUCUCAAGUCCCGCGCAGGACAGCUUGAAUUUAGCCUCAAUCUCUGCGGCAGUUGACAACGAAGGGAGAUCCAGGCAGGUCGUCAUUCAACCUGUUAUGAAAAUUAUCGACGACGUCAUCUCUCCUAUUUCGACCGUAUACCAAGGAGGGUUCACCAGCGUAGCCAAUCCCGCUUUGCCACGAACACCCCUGCAGCAAUCAACACCCAGGACAUGCUCCGUUUCGCAGACGCACAUUCCAGCAACACAGCCGACAGUAUUGCGGCAAACUGAUGUCAACACGAGUCAGCGUGCGGGGCCUGCAGCAACAACAUCAGGAGGAUACCAACAACCUGUCGACAGACCGGCAGCGAUGCACCCUCCAGCAGGUCAGUACGUUCCGUAUGCACCCCCGACUAUGGUGAGUACUAUCAGUUCAGAAGUCUUCGCCAGAGGAAGCGCAGAACCUAACGCGCAAUACUAUACCCGACCACCAAACACAUUACCGUCAAUGCUAGGGCAGUUAGGGCAAUCUCAAACACGUAGGAACGAGCCAGUGGUGUACUCUGGUUUCGACAGUAAUUUCUUAAGCAGAAAUCAGCCUCCGUGUCUUUCGAACCCCCUAGUGUCACAAAACGUUCCCUACUCUGCUUCUCAUUCACAAUCUGUACCAAUAUCACAACCAUGGGACAAUCCUUAUCCGCCACUUCGUCCUUCUGUAGUAAGUGUCUCCAGCUACCAAGGACCAAUACCAGCUGUGCCGAAUCCACAGUUGCAGUACGAGAUGUCUCAACUAUCGUUCGGCCCUAACCCGCAGCAAUUGGCAGCACGACAUGUAGUUCCGAAAGACCUACCGUGUUUCACCGGUGACCCAAUCGAGUGGCCGAUAUUCUGGAGUAGCUACAAAACGUCAACAGAGAUGUGCGGAUACAACGAUUCUGAAAAUCUGAUGCGAUUACAACGGAGCUUGAAGGGGGAUGCGAGGAAAGCAGUGAGCAGUUUUCUCCUCCAUCCGUCGAACGUUCCUGAGAUAAUCAACUCGCUGCAAGUGCUGUAUGGGCGUCCUGAGGCCAUCGUCAAUUCCCUGUUGGCUGAGGUGCGGGCAACGCCAGCUCCGCGGCCGGAGAAACUUGGAACGAUCAUCAACUUCGGUUUGGCGGUUCGCAAUUUUUGUACACAUCUAGUGUCUACCGGACAGCAUAUGCAUUUGACAAACCCGAUAUUGAUUGAGGAGCUAGUGGAAAAACUUCCAGCCAACAUCAAGCUGGAUUGGGCAAUGCAUAAGCAACGGGUACCUAAUGCAGAUUUGAGAGCCUUCGCCGACUACAUGAAUGUCAUCGUAACGGCAGCGAGUAGUGUCACGCCCGUUCUCACGAAAUCCGAAAAACCGAAAGGGAAGGUCGAGAUACAUACGGUGAACACACGCAAGGACAAGGUAAUCAACAAGAGCACAGUAGAGCCUUCCAACCAAGCCGGAACUGAGCGUCCUUGUGUGGUGUGUCAAAAUACGGGACAUAAACCGAAAGACUGCAGCACCUUCAAGUCGAAGACGUUGGAGGACAAGUGGAAAGCGGCACAAGAAGUAAAUCUGUGUAGACGAUGCUUGUAUCCGCAUGGUAAAUGGCCGUGCAAGGCAUCGAACUGCGGAGUAAAUGGCUGUCAACAACGGCAUCAUCGGUUGCUCCACCCAGGCGAUCCUAGAGAACCAAGAGCUGAGGCCUCAACUCAAAGUUCCAGCGUCAUCUCUGUUCAUCAGCAGCAACACACAGUUCUUUUUCGUAUCAUCCCAGUAAUCCUCUACGCUAAUGGUCGGUCAGUGUCAACCUUCGCUUUCUUGGACGGUGGAUCUGAUUCAACCCUGGUGGAACGAUCUUUGGCUGAAGCGUUAGGCGUAGAAGGUCCAAUCUCUCCACUGUGUAUGCAGUGGACCAACGGGGUGAAGCGUGUGGAGGACGAAUCGCAGCAAAUCCAACUAAAUAUCUCGGGACAGUCCGCGGACAAGCAGUUCACCCUACGAAGAGUGCAAACCGUCGACGGAUUAGAACUUCCGAGGCAGUCCGUGAACUUCACGGAGAUGAGAAGUAAAUUUCCGUACAUGAGGGGCCUACCGGUCCAAAGCUACAACGAUGCCGUUCCAGGCAUACUCAUCGGGUUGGACAACACUAGGUUGAAAACUACAUUGAAGCUGCGGGAGGGACGCGAAGACGAACCAGUAGUUGCCAAAACUAGACUGGGCUGGGUCAUAUACGGUCGAUCUGGGAAAGAUGUCGGGAUCCCAUUGCAGCGUGUUCACCAUAUCUGUUCUAAAUCACGCGACGAAGACCUUCACGAAUUAGUAAAAAGCUUCUUUUCUAUGGAAAGCGUCGGCAUUGCGGUGAACGAGGUGAAGGAAUCAGCAGAGGAUAAGCGAGCUCAACAGAUUCUUCAAGCAACCACGAAGCGGACGGAAACUGGUCGAUUUGAAACGGGGCUUCUAUGGAAAUUCGACCACAUUGAGUUUCCUAACAGCCGCCCCAUGGCCGAACGGAGAUUGCAAUGUCUGGAACGUCGCCUUCUCAAAUCUCCUUCAUUGUACGCCAACGUAAGGCAGCAGAUAGCGGAAUACAUUACCAAAGGCUACGCGCACAAAGCAGUUCAACGAGAGAUGGAUGAGAUGGAUCCGAAGCGAACGUGGUUUCUGCCGUUGGGCGUUGUAGUGAAUCCUAAAAAUCCCGAAAAAGUCAGGGUUGUUUGGGACGCCGCUGCUUCGGUAGAAGGCGUAUCAUUGAACUCCGUUUUGCUUAAAGGCCCGGAUCUGCUCACACCUUUGCAAGCAGUCUUGUGCAGAUAUCGACAAAGGGAAAUUGCCAUAAGUGGCGAUAUUAUGGAAAUGUUCCACCAAGUGCUUAUCAGGCGAGAAGAUCGUGCAGCUCAGUGGUUCAUGUGGCGGGACAGCCCAUCCGAUCCAAUUCAGGUCUACAUUAUGGACGUUGCCACGUUUGGAUCAACGUGUUCCCCGAGCUCAACACAGUAUGUGAAGAACCAAAAUGCGGAGGAAUAUGCGGUGGAGUUCCCGGAAGCUUCUGAGGCGAUAAAGGAAAAUCAUUAUGUGGACGACUUCCUCGACAGUGUCGACACGAUUGCAGAAGCAGUGGAGCUAGCGCUUGGCGUCAAAAAAGUUCACGAAAAGGCUGGAUUUCUUAUUCGACAUUGGAUGUCGAAUUCUACGGAAGUGCUGGAGCGGAUUGGAGAGCAGAAUACGCAGUUAGUCAAAAGCUUCACAAUGGAUAAGGGCAGCAACCUGGAACGGGUGUUGGGAAUGGUUUGGCGACCACAAGAGGAUAUGUUUGUUUUCUCCCUAACUUCUCGAGAAGACCUGCGACGCCUAUUAGAUGGAUCUACUGUACCAACUAAACGCCAACUCCUCAGCUUGGUAAUGAGCGUGUUCGACCCGUUGGGGAUGGUGGCUCCGUUUGUGGUGCACGGCAAGUCAAUAGUGCAAGACGUGUGGAGAUCCGGAAUCAACUGGGAUGAGCGACUCCCUGCGGAUAUCGUACCUCGAUGGGAGCAGUAUGUCAAGUUACUUCGAACACUGGACACGGUGAGGAUAUCCAGGUGCUACUUUCCAGGCUAUCACCCAGAAGCAUAUAACUCAAAUGAGCUGCACAUAUUUGUGGAUGCCAGUAGCGCCGCAUAUGCCGCCGCAGCCUACUUCAGGAUUGUGGACAAAGGAGAAAUACGCUGCUGUCUGGUGUCUGCAAGAACCAAGGUAGCGCCGAUCAAACUGCUGUCGGUGCCCCGGUUGGAGCUACAAGCUGCUGUUAUCGGCACGCGGCUCAUGAAAUCGAUUCUCUCCAAUCAUACAGUUCCAGUCAAACGAACCAUAUUAUGGAGUGAUUCUUCAACAGUCCUGAACUGGUUACGGUCGGACCCCCGAAAUUACAAACAGUUUGUGGCGUUCCGGGUAACAGAAAUCCUGGACGAAACGGAAAUAAGCAAUUGGAGGAAGGUGCCUACCAGGCUGAAUGUUGCCGAUGAAGCCACCAAGUGGGGACACGGCCCAUGUUUCGACGAACAUAGCAGGUGGUUCAAAGGUCCUGAGUUUUUGUAUAAACCAGAAUGUGAUUGGCCAGCUGACGCAAUAGAACCAGCAACAACGGAAGAGUUAAGAGCAGUCCAUGUACUUCAGCAGGUAACAGCAGUACCAGUAAUUGAAUUUGAACGCUUUUCGAAGUGGGAAAGAGUAAACCGCACAGUGGCGUUUGUGUUGCGGUUUGGCGACAAGCAGAUGCAUCGGGAUAAAUCAGGACCUCUCAGCAGUGAGGAGUUAAAGCGGGCGGAGACAGUCAUAUUCAGACUCAUCCAAGGAACUGAGUAUCUGGAGGAAUUGAACAUACUUCGCAAAAAUGAUGCCGCACAACCAGAACAGCAUAAGCAAGUCCAGAAAAGCAGUCGAAUCUUUAAGCUAUCUCCAUUCUUGGACCCCGCUGGGGUAAUUCGAAUGCGUUCCCGCAUUGCUGCAGCAGAAUGCAUUCCGAGUGAAGGCAAAUUUCCCGUGAUUCUGCCAAAGGAUCAUCAUGCCACAAAGCUUAUCAUUAAUUGGUAUCACCGGAAGUACAACCAUGCCAAUAACGAAACGGUGGUUAACGAGAUUCGGCAGAGGUUUCACGUUUCUGAAUUGCGGACAAUCGUCAAGAAGGUGGCCAGCAACUGUAACUGGUGCAAAGUAUACAAAUCCAAGCCCCAGAUCCCAUCAAUGGGUCCUCUGCCCUCUGCUCGUCUAACACCGUAUACGAGGGCCUUCACCUUUACAGGACUGGAUUAUUUCGGGCCAAUAAAUGUUCGCCGCGGUCGUGGAGGCGUCAAAAGAUGGGUUGCGCUUUUCACCUGUCUAGGAACCCGAGCAGUCCACUUAGAAAUAGCCCACAGCCUGUCUGCAGAAUCCUGCAAGAUGGCAAUUCGCAGGUUCAUCGCCCGCAGAGGUUCGCCUCAGGAAAUUUAUUCAGACCAAGGGACCAACUUUCAGAGUGCCAGCGCGGAGUUAAAACAGCAGAUGGAGAUAACAAACCGAGAUCUAUUGGAAACCUUCACGAACGCAGAAACUCAAUGGAAGCUGAAUCCUCCGUAUGCUCCUCAUAUGGGAGGCAUAUGGGAAAGGCUCGUACGGUCAGUCAAGACUGGCUUGGCGCACAUGGAGUUGCCGAGGAAUCCGGACGAGGAAACGCUGAUAACGGCUCUAGCAGAGGUGGAGUCCAUGGUAAAUUCGCGCCCUUUAACAUAUCUACCGAUCGACAGUGAGGAGAGCGCUGCCUUGACUCCAAAUCACUUUUUGCUGCUGAGUUCUAGCGGAGUCGUCCAGCCAUCGGCACGGCCAACGGAGGAAAGUGAAGUUCUGCGGUCAAACUGGAAGCAUGUUCAGGUUAUGCUGGACCGCUUCUGGAUGAUGUGGAUUCGUGAAUAUCUACCUGUGAUCGCCCGGCAGCCGAAAUGGUUUGGAGAUGCUAGAUCUAUCAAAGUGGGAGAUCUGGCGAUCGUAGUAAACGAAGGCGUCAGGAACAGCUGGACCAGAGGAAGAAUCUCCCGAGUAUAUCCUGGACGUGACGGACGAGUACGAAGCGCAGAUGUGCAAACUGCUGCUGGUAUCAUGCGACGACCGGCUACUAAACUCGCCAUCCUGGAUAUUGCCAAUGAAGGAAGUACCGCUGAAGAAACUUGA